GGAUUUUGACAGACUUCUGUCCAAUCGAGAUCAUUCGCGGACACGGUCUGGUUGAAACAAAUGACUGGAAAUUAGGCCGACGAAUAAAUUGAUAGGAAUGAAAACGUAGGAACUGGUGAAUGGCCAUCGGAAUUGUAAAAAUUGUAUCGGAAGCCUUUUGAGGAAGUACCCAGGGCAAACAACUUUUUCACUAUGACAUCGCCUACAGAAGAAAACGAUAAAGAGAAGCUCCGUUCUGUGUCUGUGGACCUGAACCAUGACUCUACCCUCAUCAUUGACAUUCCAGAUGCCCUGUGCGAGCGAGACAAGGUCAAGUUCACGGUCCACACCAAGACCACACUCAGCUCCUUCCAGAAGCCAGACUUCUCUGUGUCACGGCAGCAUGAGGACUUCAUCUGGCUCCACGACACACUGGUGGACACAGAGGACUAUGCAGGCCUCAUUAUACCUCCGGCACCACCGAAACCCGACUUUGAGAGCCCCCGGGAAAAGAUGCAUAAACUGGGGGAGGGGGAGGCCACCAUGACCAAGGAGGAGUACACCAAAAUGAAGCAGGAGCUUGAAGCAGAGUACCUGGCUGUGUUCAAGAAGACCGUUCAGGUUCACGAGAUCUUCCUGCAGAGGCUCUCUGGCCACCCCAUCUUCAGCAAGGACAGAAACUUCCAGAUCUUCUUGGAGUACGACCAGGAUCUCAGCGUCAGGAGGAAAAAUGCCAAGGAGAUGUUUGGUGGCUUCUUCAAGAAUAUGGUGAAAUCUGCAGAUGAAGUCUUGAUCUCAGGGAUUAAGGAAGUGGAUGAGUUCUUCGAGCAGGAGAAAACCUUCCUUCUUGAUUAUUUCAGCAAAAUCAAGGACGCCACAGCCAAGGCGGAAAAAAUGACACGCGCCCAUAAAAAUGUAGCUGACGACUACCUUCACGUCUCUGCCACUCUCAACAGCAUAGCGGCAGACGACAAUACUCCCCUGAAAAAGCAUCUGGAGAAGUUUGCUGACCUGUUGGAGAAGCUUAGGAAAGUGGAGGGCCGUGUUGCGUCAGACCAGGAGCUGAAGCUGACGGAGCUGCUGCGCUAUUAUAUGAGGGACAUCCAGGCUGCCAAGGACCUGCUGUACAGGCGUGCUCGAGCGCUGGCUGACUACGAGAACUCCAACAAGGCCCUGGAUAAGGCCCGGCUGAAGAGCAAAGACAUCCCACAGGCCGAGGAGCACCAGCAGCAGUGCCUGCAGAAGUUCGACAAACUCUCUGAAUCAUGCAAGAAAGAGCUGACCACCUUCAAGGGUCGCAGAGUGGUGGCCUUCCGCAAGAACCUGAUCGAGAUGACUGAGCUGGAGAUAAAACACGCCAAGAACAACGUGUCUCUGAUCCAGGGUUGCAUCGACAUGCUGAACAAUAACUGAUACACCAGACCGUUGCAGUCAUUUGCCUCUCUCGACUGCCUCGACCCACCAACCAGCCAACCUUGGAAGAGAAACCUUGACCAUUUACUUCUAUAUACCCCAAGGGGUUGAAAAAAGAAAGAAAGAAACCACUUCAUCAACCUGCACAAGAGUAGCCGACGUGGCUGCCCGUAUGUUUACAGACACACACUCACUUCUCCACGCCCAUCUCCCUCCCAUUGUCCCUCCUCCUUCCUAUUUCUUUUUUUUUACCCAUUUCUUUUUUUUUUUGAAAGGAGGUAGCUCACUGUGCACACAGCUUUGCAUGGGAUGCAUAAUGACUUCAAAAACCUAAUAGCAGUUGAAUGUUGCCCCUCCCUCCUGUUCAUAUGUUUUUUAUUUUAAUUCAGUGGAUCAUGGCUCCGGCAUUCUUUUCUGUCGCUUUCAAUGUUAUGUCGUUUCUGCAACACUGCUCCUCCUCAUCAUGUCAAAACCGUUCUCACAUGUUGUUCUUCCCUGUUUACCCAGGCUGGCGCUUUCUUUAGUUUACUGGUUUGCAUUGGCAGACUGCCAAGAAACGUUUACCUUUACCAUUCAGUGCGACGCCUAAACGAAUGCAAGAUGUUUUUUUUCAAAUGCAGUUGCACUGCAUUUUAUGUGGUUUUUUUUGUGUCUUUCCCUUGGUUAUUCUCCUCAUGAUUAGAUAACGGGUCAUUGUGAGACAACAGGCCAAGCGCUCCUAAAGAAAAGAGCACGGCUUGCUUUAAGAAGUGAAAAGAAAAUAGUAACUGUAGAAGCACAGUUGUAGAUGAGGUUUUUUGGGGGGGGGGGGGGGGGGCAUGGUGGAGUUGCGUGGGUGGAAACUUGUGCAUUUGUGCCUAAAAGAAGGGUUUUUGUCCUCUCUGGUAGAGCAGUAGUGUAUAAUUCUGGGUGGGUCAGGUUUCAGCCAUGCUAAAAAUGAUCAUUCAGAGCCAUCUAUCACACAGACAGUCAGGCCACCAUCCUCCGCAGGAAUGCUGACCUGGAAUUAUGGUCACCCUCCCGGCCUUACCGUAGCGUAGCCCCUUCACACACAGGAGCCAAUUCCCAAUCCCUCCCCCACCUCCUCCAUGACCUUCACUGGCAAUUUAAAACGUAUUCUUUCCUGUUGUCUCAGAGUCAGCCUGGUAAAGACAUCACGCUCUCUCGCUCUCUCUCUCUCUCGUGCUCUCUCUCUCGUGCUCUCUCUCUCUCUCUCCUCUCUCUC